GUUUAAUGUAGCGAAAAUUUUCAUUGUUAACUCUUCCUAUAAAAAGGGUAAAAACAAGUGUACAUGCCUUGUUGGAUUACCCAUAGCUAAGUAUGGCAGCUACGUUGCAGACAUGCUGUUUUCUUGUUGCUAUUCUUUGCGUGGGCCAGGCAAGAAGCGAGGGCAGUAUCACAGGUCAGGGCAGGGACAACAAAGUCAGCUUAGAUGAAGUGAACCUUGGUGAAAACACAAACCUAAAAAUGCUAAAAUUUUCAGACAAAAUAUCUGGUCUCAUAGGCGGCGUGGCUGGUGAUAACGUUCCUACAACAGGUCCCCCAACGCAGCCGCCAAAUGAAAUAGAAGAAGAAACAACUCCACCACCGAAAUCAACGCCUCCUGCACUUCCACCCGGCCCACCCGGCCCACCCGGCCCACCCGGCCCACCCGAUGGACCAUUCGGGGACAUUGGUGAUCCGCCAUUGUGUAUGGAUCUGAUGAUUGUUCUCGAUGUAUCAUGUUCCAUAUUGCAACACGAAGUAGAAAAGGCCCGCAGAUCUGCAAUAGAGUUGGUCGAAUACAUAUUCAAUACUCCGAGAAGUGAUACGCGGGUUGGUCUAUUGGUUUACAGCGAGGGAACGUCACAUCAGUUUUACUUAACCGGUGGUGUAUUAACAAGGGACGAAAUUGUAGCUAAAAUUAGCAAUGCAAAGUUAAGUCCAGCAGGAUGCAAGACCCACACGCAUAUUGCGUUACAACAACUCAGAGAGAUUUAUUUCACCCCUGAACACAAUGACAGACCCGAUGUUCCAAAUGUGGCUGUUGUCUUCACCGAUGGCCGCACAGUUCAGGCACGUUACAGAGACGACACGGUUGAGCAGGCUAAACUGGCUAAGGAGGCCGGCAUAGAAUUAAAUAUUGUGGCUCUGGAAAAUAGGAAACUGAAACCAGACGUUGGUGAAUAUAAGUUACUUCCUAAUGAUCCUGGGAAUCUCCAUCUCUUCAAUAUAUCGGAAAUGGAUCUAAUUGGAGUAAUGGCGGAUUCAUUCAACCAGCGCUACUCGGAUAACUGUGGACUAGCUGAGACGAUCCAAGGAUGUGUGGAUAUCACCUUUGCGUUUGAUUUCUCCUGUUCGAUUGACAUGGAGGAUCGUGUUCAUGCUAUAAAUCUAGCCGCGGAUAUAGUACGCAAUUCAAAUCUUAAUCCCACAAAGGGGACGGCCGUUGCAGCGUUCAGCUACGACGAUCAAAUAGGAAACAUUCAACCAUUCUAUACGGAACAAGAUGUUGGACCGUUUGUGGAACAACUUAUUACAAUAGAUCGUAAUGGAUUUGGGUGUCGAACAAAGACCUACGAUGCAUUUAUUCAAGCUAACAAUAUGUUCACAGACAGUGACCGUAAUGACACUAUAUAUGGAGAUGUUCUGAUCAUGUUUGGAGAUGGAAUGACAGCUCCUUUGCAUCGACGCAAGGCAACAAUAGAGCAAGCAAAUGCUCUCAAAGAGAAAGGAGUGACGGUUAUUUGGAUAGCGUAUCCAAACAACAGAGGCAAAUCGGGUAUGGAUCUUGAGAUAAAAGUUACAGCAUCGGACAAUGGCAUUAUCAAAGGAGUUUAUGACACCAAUAUAGAUUCGGAUGGCACAAUAAUAGAUGACCUCGUAUUCUUUAUAAAUGGACAAUUUCCUUGUCCCGAUAACCUAUAAAGUGUUACUUCCAGUAUGUGAACGGGACGUGCAACUGUCUCAAACGGACUCAAACGCUUCCACAUGGACUAUGAGCUUGGAAAAUUAUAUCACACAUUUCUAUUGUUUAAUUAUUUUAAACUACCAUACUAUAUGUUUUUAUACUAAGUGCAAUAAAUUUAGUUUGUUAUAAUGCUGCAAAAUAU